AUGGCAUCGAUUUUGGAUUCCACUGCCACUUUCGAGACGCGCGCAAAGGAGCAUGGCCUCCCGGCCUCAACAGUGGCCAUUCUGCUUGCCCGUGGGGUUGAUACUCUGAAUAAGGCGGCUUUUGCUGUGGGCACGCCGGGCUCGCAGGCUACUGAAGAGGAGCUUCGUGCACUUGUGGCGCCGCCAGCUACGGCUGAAGAUGAGGAGGAUCGAGCGGAGGUUUCCGCUGGUGUGCUUGCUUCUUUGCGUCGCCUCAUCUUUGAGAGCCAGACCAUGGCCUUGGCCAACCUCAAGUUGCAAGUUGAAGGUGGUGACGCAGAUCGUAAAAAGGACAUGCCAUUGGAAGAGAUUUCGACUCGCCUUAGGGAUCAGAAAGCCAGGCUUCGAGGUCUCGAGUUGUCUGGCGCUCUCGAGGUAGCCCAGGAGCGGUCCCCGAAGGAACUUGUUGUUGAUGCGACGUCACAUCUUCAGGUUCGCAGUGCUCCGGUUCGUGAUGCUUGUGUCCUGUCCUCAGAUUUGGCCCUGGCACAGGCCCUGACCCGGCGCAGCUUGGCACUGGAUCUCGUGGGCCUCGCCUCCUUUGAGCAUGCUGAGAACUGGUCCCGCACGUUGCUGAACCAGCUGCAAAUGCACCCGCCCCCAGGCUUUAGGGCUGCUACGCAUGAGCAGCUCCUGCGUGCCGACAGGGCUGCCUUUCAGUACAUGGCCGAGACUUUGUCCACGCUGCGCAAGGACCCUGCGGGCCUGUUGCCCAUGGACGAGGCCUUUCAGCGUUUGCAGGCGCAGCACCAGGUUAUGUUCCACCUCCUGCCUAUGCCGGGGUCCUCUGGUGGCGUUCCGCGUCCAGCGCGAGGCGCAAAAGGAAACGUGCUGGUAGUGCACCGCCACGUGCCGCAGGAGGCUAUCUUGCGCCUGGAUUCCGUUGUUGCAAUCCAUUUGGCCCCCCCGUACAACACGGCAUCCCGUGCCAGGGAUCGUCGUCGGCGUACUGGUCCCGACCCUCCACAAUUACGUUCUGACCUUUUUCCAGAUGGCUUGCCGUCUUUGCCUGCUGCGUCGCAGUCCCUUGUGGAUGCAGCAAACGAUUUGUAUGCGUAUUCGGCUUGGCUGUUCCAAUUUUGCUUUCACGCUGGCAUUUUGCCAUCUGCUGAGAACCCUGGGCGAUCCUAUCUGUGGCAAACCUCACAGUGGGCUCCUGUUCGUGCGUUGCCCGAUCUUGUCUGCACCUUCUGGCAUCAUUGUAUGUUUGGCAGCGGUCGUGACAAGUACACGCAGCUGCAACACCUUGGCACUCACCUGCAAGGCUUAGGCAAGUUGUGCUCCAAAGACCAUGUUCAUGCUCCUUGGGGGCGGGACCCUGCCACUGGGGUUUGGGCGUCCGCUUCGAACUCUGCUUACCCCCCUCAGCUUUGCAGGGCUUGGUCUGAGUGUCUCUCCGCUGAGCUCUUGCAUCACGGUGCACAGCCCCGCCCUCGCGACCUCCAGGGUCUCGACGUGCACCCUGUGUCUGCUGCUGCCCAAGCGGCGGCCGCUCAGCGCCAACCGCGUUCCAAGCGCCUGCCUCCCCUAGUUCCCGAGUUUAAGCUUGUGGUUACCCUAGUGGGUCCCGCCUCUACCCUUGACUUGCCCGCCAAGCUGCCCGAGGCUGUCUCGCUGCCGCCCCAGGUCAAAUCGUCGCCGUCUGUGGCUCUGCUUCCGAGAGGUUCUCGCCGUCUUGCUCUGACUUUGCCUUUGGGGGAUGUCGGUCAGAGCGAACUCGAUCGUGCUGGACUUGAAGCUCAGUCGGCCCCUCCGUUCCCGAUGUCUGCCAGCCUGUCUGAUGAUCAAGCCCGGGCCCUACUGAAGGUCCUGGGCGAGGCUUGCUCCGAGGACCUCUCCUCCCGUCGUCCAGGGGUCCUCAAGGCUUCGGGGAGUGGUACUAAGGGGUCUAGGUAUUUUGUCUUUGGGGCAUACAACCAUGGUUCAAGGUCGGGCCUCACAGCGUACACUAAAGGUCGAGAGAAAGCUGUUGGUGUCAUCAACUCUUUUGCGAAGGCCUUGUUGCCGCAUGCCACUUGGACCUCGAUUGCCGUGUCGCAUAACGAGCUUGCGUUGCCACACAGGGAUAUCUCCAAUGGUGAAGGCUCCUUGAACCACUCGAUGACGCUGGGAAGUUUUACUGCUGGCCGCCUUUUCCUCGCAGGUGGUGGCGGUGACGACCUCCUCAGCGACGCGACAGGAGUGGAACAUCGUGGGUUCUAUGUUGACAACCAUGCCAGGUUUGCCACCUUUGACGCAAGGUCUGUGCUGCAUGCAACUGAGGAGUGGCAAGGUGACAGGUGGGCUGUUGUCUUGUAUACGUGUAAGGACCCGCACUUUGACAAGUCUCAUCUUGAUGCCUUGUGUGGAAUGGGCUUUCAGCCCCCUUCCCAUUGGAGCAGUCCAGUUGAGGCUGAACCUGUGUUUGCUGCCUCUGCCGUGUAUGGCUUACCGUGGUCCCCUAAGGAGUUCGUUGAAGAGGCUGCUGCCAGGGAGCACCCGCUGCAAGCUUGUGUCGUCCCCUUGUGUGUCAAGGAAGCCAUUGACAAGGAGGCGAGGUGCUCGGCCCAUAGUUUGGCUCAGGACAGGACAGCGGUACUUCGCAAGUGGACGCUGCGCGCCCAGGAGCUCUGGGAUAGUGAAAGGCGGCUGCAUGAGAACAUGCCGGCGCACGUCUCGGUUGUUCUUCAAGGCAAGCGGUUGCUUCUCCUCAAAGAGAUGCUACAAGACGCCGGUUACUGUGACGUUGGCAUUGUUGACCAGAUUGCCAGCGGCUUCGAUCUCAUGGGGCACAUUCCAGAGGCAGGUGUGUUCAGGUCCAAAACCGUUCCUGCCACCCUCACACCCGACGAGGUCCGCCGAACUGCAAAGCACACUAGGCAGGGCAUUCUCCUAGGGGCAGCUGAGGGCCUGCGCGAUGAGCAUGCCUCGCGCCUAUACGAGAUAACGCUCGAGGAAAGGGACAAGGGUUGGUUGCAGGGCCCAUUGGACCCAUCUACACUUGACGAUCGCGCCUCGGUGUCCAGGAGAUUUGCCGUUUUCCAGUCGGGGAAGGUCAGGCCGAUUGACGACCUGAGUGAGUCGCUUAUCAACUCGACUACGUCUCGAACGGAGGCAGUGACACCACAUGGGCUUGACACCAUCUGCAGGUCACUUACUUGGAGGUUCCAACACCGGGCGACGAUCCCUGUGCCCAAUAACCCCGUGCUUAAGUCCAAAGACCUGAGGAAGGCCUUCAAGCAGCUGGCCUUGUCCUCUGAAGGGGUUCUUGAUGGGUACUUGUGUGUUGGCAAUCCCGCCACAGGUAAAGUUGAGGUGUUUAGUUCUUCAGUCCUCCCUUUUGGAGGGUCCGCAUCUGUCACAGGCUUUUGCCGGACCUCGCAUGCGUUGUGGUACGCGGGCACGGUCCUGCUGUGGCUACAUUGGUCCGUGUACUUCGAUGAUUAUCUGGUCACUUGUGAGGCAAGUGUGUCUAAGCACUGUGACCUCGUGUUGUCAUCGUUUUUCGCUUUGCUUGGCUGGGGCAUUUCCGAGGAAAAGGAGGCAGAGUUCGCGACUGCUGCAAAGGUCCUUGGGGUUGUAAUAGAUGUGGGGUCAUGCAUGUUGGUUAGGGUCAGCAACACCGAUGAGCGAAAAGCUGAGCUCACUGAGACCAUAACAGCGCUCCUUGACAAGGGUACUUUCAGCAUCAAGGAACUGACCGCUCUCAGGGGGCGACUCGUUUUCGCUGAAGGCCAGAUCUUCGGAAGGGGUUGUUACAAGCACCUGAAGGUUGUUGGGUCGCGCAUUAAGUCCGACCGUCCCGGAAGGAUCGAUCCGCAGAUGGCUGACUCACUGCGAUUCAUCAGGGACCGUGUGGUUAAUGGCCCGCCAAGAACCGUGCGCGCUGUGCUCGAUGACACAGUUUUCUUGUACACCGACGCAUGCUUUGAGCCGGGUGUCGACACGGCCCAAAAUCCCAUCUAUGUCCUUGAAGCAUUGGCCUUGAUUGCUGCCUUGCAGCUUUUCAAGAACGAUAUUCAGGGCAGAGAG